CCCUGAACGAAAUGAAGCUCGAUUGACAGUUUCCUUGCCUCUUUCCUCGCCUCAAACCUCUUGAACAACCCUCUCGCGUUUGAGCAUCAUAAUCACCCACACCUCAUCACCCCCACCCAUCCAUAACCCUCUCAUAAAACCUCAUACCUCCCAAACCUGAAACACCGCCCACAGCAUGUUCCCCUCCAUCCCUACGCUCGUCACCGCGGCCACAGUACUGGCAAGCAGCGCUCUCGCCUCCCCUACUCCUAUCCCCAUCGCAUCUUCCCAGGUACUAUCGCUGGUCAGGAGGGAUAAUUGGACACCUCCAGCAGGGUUGAACGUGACUUACCAGUCCGAGUAUAACGCCUCGUUACCCUCGACGAUGAUCUUCGCCACAGGGGGGACCAUCGCCGGCCGAGGUUCUUCUUCGACGGCAAGCGGGGUGUAUCAGGCGGGUAGUAUCGGGGUUGGGGCUUUGGUUGACGCCGUACCCGAAUUAUUGAACGUCUCCAACAUCUAUGGGGUGCAGAUCGCCAACGUCGGGAGUCCUUCUAUCAACUCUACGAUCCAGCUCAACAUGGCCCAGUAUGCCAACAAGGUCCUCUGUGCGGAAGAUAGUAUCUUCGACUCGUUGGUCAUCACCCACGGGACCGAUACGUUGGAAGAGACCGCCUUCUUCAUGGACCUCACGGUCAACUGCCGCAAGCCCGUCAUCAUCGUCGGCGCCAUGCGCCCCGCCACCGCCCUCUCCGCUGACGGACCCGCCAACCUCUACGCUGCUGUCAAGACCGGAGUCUUCCCUGACAGCAAGGAUAGGGGAGCUUUGAUCGUCAUGAACGACCGGAUCGGGUCGGCAUUCUACACCCAGAAGACGCACGUCAACUACCUGGACACUUUCAAGGCCCCCGAACCGGGCUACCUCGGCGGACUGUUCAACAACGAGCCUUUCUACUAUUACGGUCCUGCUACUCCGAAAUAUAAGAACACGUUCGACGUGACCAACGUGACGAGCCUUCCCAAGGUCGACAUUGUUUACGGUCAUCAAGAGACGGACCCCAGGAUCUUUGAAUCGAUCGUCAAGUACGGAGACGUCAAGGGGAUCGUCUUGGCCAGCCCGAACGGUGGAGUCGGCGUCGACUCUGCCAUCACCGACACCAUCUCCAGUGGUAUUCCCAUCGUCCGCCACGUCCGUAUCAACGUCGGCAUGAUCGCGCCCUCCGAGACCCCGCGAAACGGCAGCGUCAUCAGUUCCGGACUGAUCAACAACCAAAAGAGUCGGAUUCAGUUGCAGUUGGCCUUGGCUACCGGAGCUGACCCGAGGGCCGUCUUUGAGGAUGCUUUGAGGGAGGAACUUUAUGGCAACUAGAGGAGAGGCGAUGGUGUCGGAGUUAAAACGUAGAAUUCAAGCUAGUACUUUCAUUAUAUAGGGGUUUCUUCAGCAUAAUUUCCCUGCCAUUCAGUCUCCAUAGGCAGCUAAUUGAUUCGGUAGCACGGCUGCCUUUUCACUUGUUCAACCUUUACUAUCAUAAUUUUUAUCGAAAUAUCGGCCUAAUCUUGCUAGACAUAUUGCGCUCGAUCAGGCUCUUUAGAACCGGCGCUGUCCUUGGUCCAUAUUUCAGUCGAUCUCCAAGCGGAUCGCAUCGUACCUAUUGAUAAAGUCGUC